GUUCAACAACUCUCGACGACAGUCUGCAGUAAAUCAAAAAGCAAGAAAGAUGCUGCUCGCAACAGUGUUCAUCGUGUUUGGUGCAGCGCAAAUUACCCACCGUCAGCAACUCCUAGCCGCUAGUGUUGAUCUGCCGGGCUUCCACUUCGAGUUACUGCUGACCCAUCUGACAGAGAUGGAGAAUCGGCUGCAAGCAACGCUCACCGAAAUUGCUCAAAAUCAAUCCCAACAGUUGGAGCAGAUCUGCGGUUUGGGUGAACUACGUCCCUUUCCGGGGGCGGAUAAACUCCCCGCAGCAGGGCGAUCGAACAUCUAUAGGCUGGAAAAAAUAGCCGAACUCACCGGUGGACAAAACCUGGCGGGUGAUUGGAUCCUGUUUCAGGAACGAUUCAACGGUUCGCUCAAUUUUAACCGUACCUGGGAAGAGUAUCGGGUCGGCUUCGGUAACCCGCUGGGUGAACAUUGGCUUGGUUUGAGAGCGCUCGAGCAACUGCUGGCCAAAGGACCGCACGAGCUGCUGAUCGUUAUGGAAAGCUUUAAAGGUACCACCGUGUACGCACACUACGAUGCGUUUAGCAUUGGCACGGAGCGCGAAAAGUAUGCGAUAAAAACGGUGGGCAAAUACGCCGGCACAGCUGGUGAUUCGCUAUCGUUUCACGUCGGUUCCAAAUUUUCUACCUACGAUCAGGAUAACGAUGAGCACGGGUUGAACUGUGGCGCCCAGUACGGUGGCGGCUGGUGGUUCAAGGACUGUUACUCAUGCUUCCUAAACGGCAUUUAUGUUACCACCAGCCAGGGCACGGAAAUGGGGCUGAUUUGGUUCACCUAUACCGGAGCGUUUCAGUCGUUGAAAUCGUCAAAAAUGAUGAUUCGGCUUCGUAGUGCACCGUAGCAAAGUUCAGAUAAUUUAAAUCAAAAUUCAAAAUCCCUUCAAUA